GAUGACGAAAAAACCCUGCGACCAACAAACUGAGUGGAAACAAGCGUGAGUGAGCGCAGAUUCCGGCAGUUUGUUCAUAACUGGGUGAACGUCCUGAAUAUCGUCGGCAUUAACAGAUUUCCUUUGAUCCAUCAUGGCUUCGUCCAUGCCUCAGAAGCGUUACUACAGACAGCGAGCCCAUUCAAACCCGAUGGCGCACCACACCUUUGAUUACCCUGUGUGUCCUGAUAAAAUGGACUGGUCCAAGCUGUAUCCAGACUUAUUCACUGGCAGCCUGAGUGAGACAGAGCCCCCUCGAGUCGAGUUUGCUGACAUUGGAUGUGGAUAUGGGGGGCUUUUAGUGGAGUUAUCUCCACUCUUCCCAGAUAAGCUCAUCCUGGGUAUGGAGAUCCGGGUGAAAGUGUCAGAUUAUGUUCAGGAUCGUAUCCAGUCGCUGCGUGCCUCAAAUCCAGCGAGCUACCAGAACAUCGCCUGCAUUCGUAGCAAUGCCAUGAAGUACCUCCCCAACUUCUUUUGUAAAGGACAGCUCACUAAGAUGUUCUUCCUCUUCCCUGACCCUCACUUUAAGAAGACCAAGCACAAAUGGAGGAUCAUUAGUCCCACUCUGUUGGCAGAAUACGCCUACACGCUCAGAGUAGGGGGUUUGGUAUAUACCAUCACAGAUGUGGAGGAAGUCCACCUCUGGAUGGUGAAGCACUUCAGUGAACAUCCACUGUUCACACGGGUCCUCCAUGAAGAACUGGCCGAUGAUAUCAUCAUAAGUCGUCUGGGUACCUGCACAGAGGAAGGAAAGAAAGUGCAGAGAAAUGGAGGAAAGAAUUUUCUUGCAGUUUUCCGAAGGAUUGAGGAUCCACAUGAGAUUUCCUGAAAUAAAGGCCUUAUGCAGUCAUCUGUGCGUGGGUUCAGCUGCUCUGCUGAUGGAUUUUUCACCAACCAGAUGAAUGCUGAUUUUUUUUUUUUCUUUUAUUAAUGGACCCUUUUAAUAUUAGCAGAUUUUUAAAAAACUAUUUUUGGAGGGGCUUUUUCACAUAAUUUAUGUUUUUUUUUUAAUUUUCUCAGACUGUAAAAGAGACGUAGCACAUGACAGGAUCUGACAUGUUUGGUUACACUUUCUAAUUUUUUGCCUCUCUUGUUCAUUAGUUUCACUCGCCAAAUGUCAGCGUGCUGGUUUUGGAUGUCAUGUAAAGAUGUACAGUAUUUCAAUUAAAAAAAAAAAACUACUAACAAAAUUUUAAAUGCAUUUAAUGACUCGAUUUCUAUAUUCAUAAUUUGUUUACUAACAUUAUUCUUAGAAUAAUAAUGAAAAUGGACAGGUUAAAUAUUGUGAUCUAAAACCACAAAUCAUCUUGGUAUUUUGGAGCCAAUAAUUACUUUAGCGAUUUCUCAUGUGCUGUCACAUGAAUGCCUUUAAUACUUGGAUGAGGUGUUGGAGUGCUAAGUUAUCAACUUCUUCAAUGUACGUGUAUCCAUAGACUGUAUGGGUGUAUCAUACCAACACAAAAUAAAACUGUAGCAUUUUACUCCCUUUAACUAAAACAGAACUGUUAGACUGGCUGUUGUACCUCACUGCACAGAAUGCCAUAUUAUUGGAAUGGAUU